GGGAGGGAACUUGCACCUGGUCUCUGCAGCCAUAAUCCAGCACUACACCACACUGAGCUAUUGCCAUGUACUAUCUAGUCCUGGCCUAAAAGAGACCUGUGUUUAAAAGUGACUUAGUCAAUGUUAUGUUUAUCUGGUGUGUGGUUAGUAACUCUGUUAAAUAUUAGGAAAUCCCCCUUCCUUGUUUUUUUCCAGACUUGUCUUGCUUUUUCACCCUGCUUAAGCUAACAUGUAACCCUGUAAGUACUGUACUGUUGAAACAGGUCUGAUUGUGCUAGUGUAGUGAUAUUUAAAAUGAAAUAAGAAAAUUGCUAGUUAGAAGUUUUAUUCUUAUUUUUCCUGCACUUUUAGUGGUACACUAAUAAUUGAAGAUUGUUUACAGACUAUAGAUAUAAAAGUUGUUAUUUGCAUUGAUCUGAAUUAGUUUGUUUUACCAGGACAAAUACAGUAGAGGGAGAAAACACACACAAGCUGAACUAUUCUUUGCUUAUAGAGGAAUCUGUCUGUUAGCAUAAUGGGGUCCCAACUGCACAGCAGUGUGAAAAAACAUACCAGAAAGGAUUCUGUUCAAAUGGAUUUCACGGAAGCCUACUCGGACAGGUGCUCUGCGGUUGGGCUUGCAGCGAGAGAAGGCAAUGCCAAGCAACUGAAGAAGCUUAUCAAGCAGGGGUAUAGUGUUGAUGUCCCCGAUAACAGGGGCUGGAUGGCAAUCCAUGAAGCAGCAUUUCACAACGCAAGUGAAUGUCUGAAGCUCUUAAUUCGCGCAGCACCCUCUGAUAGCUACAUAAGAUCAAAGACAUUUGAGGGCACUUGCCCAUUGCAUCUUUCUGCAAGUCGAGGAAGUUUGGAGUGCGUUGCUAUUCUUCUGGAAUCUGGAGCUGAUCCCAAUGAGCUUACGAAUGAUGCAAGCACACCAUUAUUCUUAGCUGUUCAAAAUGGACACGUUGACGUGAUAAAGCUUCUCCUUCAACAAGGAGCAAAUAUUAAUGGUCCCCACUGUUGGUCUGAAUGGAAUUCACUGCACCAAGCUGCUUUUCAGAACUACCCGGAGAUAUUGAAAUUACUCCUCGACAAAGGAGCCGAAAAAGAAUGUGUGGAUGAUUUUGGGAUCACCCCUUUAUUUGUUGCUGCGCAGUAUGGGAAGCUGGAAAGUUUAAGGAUACUUAUAUCAUACGGAGCAAACGUCAACUGUAAAGCCAAGGAUCGGGCCACUCCGUUAUUUAUCGCUGCGCAGGAGGGCAAUGACGAAUGCACGGAGCUGUUGUUAUCCAGCGGAGCAGAUCCAAACCUGUACUGCAAUGAAGAUGAGUGGCAGUUACCCAUCCAUGCUGCAGCAGAAAUGGGGCACAGCAAUAUACUACGCUUGCUCGUACCCGUUACUGACCGGCUCUGUGGCAGCGCCGAAGGCAAAGUGAGCCCUGUCUACUCUGCAGUCCUAGGCGGUCAUGAAGAUUGCUUGGAGUUAUUGCUUAAGGAAGGUUACAGCCCAGAUGCCCAGGCUUGUCCAGUCUUUGGCUGCAGGUCACCAAUGCCCUUGGCUUUCCAAAAGGGGUCUGGCUUAAUCCUCAUUCUUCUGAAGUAUGGGAUCACGCUUUCCGAAGCAGAUUUAGGCCUCUGUCUGCAUGAUGGAAGGUUCUCCUUAUUUCAGCAUUUCUUGAAGCGAGGCUGUAAGCUUCCACGCAGAGAGCACCGGACGGAAUUUACGAAGAAUGCAAUUCUUGCAGGAGACAAGCACAAAGAAUGGUUGCCGUCCCUCCUGUUGGCUGGGUUCAAUCCGGUGCAUCUCCUCAAUGAAUCAUGGGUUUCCUCUGUAAGCAGCGACACCCUCAACUUCCUUCUGGAGUUCACUAACUGGAAGAGGCUACCCUGGGACGUGGAGCAGAUCCUUUCUGACCACAAAGACACCUCCGCCUGGGUGACUCGCAGUCACUUCAAGCACAUCCCUCCCUUGUCUCAUCUCUGCCGUCUGGCGAUCCGGUCACUUUUGACGAGCGAUCGCUUACGGUCAGACCAGUUUAUCCGCCAGCUGCCAUUACCCGCUUGCCUGCAGGACGCCUUACUUUACAAAGACGUUUUGAGAAGCUAUGGCAUUUCGGAAUCUCAGCUUAGACUGGGCGAUGUGUACCAACAGAAUGCCCCGCCACCUCUUUCCAGUUCAGGAAACACGGAGAGACAAGAAAACACGAGAACUGAAGCAGGCUCCUCAUAGUUCUUAAGGCUUCUGGGUGUCAUAAGAACCAUGUUGUGGUGCUCAAUGCAAUGAUAGACCUCUGCACUGCUGCCCGUGUUAGGAUAUCCUUUCUUCAGAGAUUCUUUAAACUCUUGCUCAGAGGCUUUCAGAUAAGUGUCCAAGCGCCGUUCUCUCUCAAAGGAGUUCAACAUUCAAAUGGAUGAAAACACUUGCAAAGGCAUAAAUAUUGCCACGGAUCAUUCCAAAUAAAGACACAUUCCCUGUAAA